CCAUCUCCCUUCUCCACCACCUUCAAGAAAUUUCCCCGUCAGCAUCGCUUCCUGAAACGAGAAGCUCCCAGAAUUUCUCCUCCUCGUCUUUAAAUUCCGAACUCCACCCCUCCGUUUUCCCGCUAAUUACCAAAAAACCUCGCCAAUAAGUAAACAAAAUCACUAUCGGAAUCCGCCAUGGCCGCCGCUUCCUCUGCCUCAUGCCAGCGCGAGUUCCUCGUCCCGCCUCCGAAGUCCUGGAAGAGUGGCCCUUUCUUUGCGUCGCUUCCAGUUUCGGUCGCGUCCAAGAACUUGAGGUCCUUUAAAACCCUAAAAGCUCUCAGAUGGUCGGAAAACUUAGGGCGAACCAACGCGUUCUCGUCCAAGGCAGCGGAGAGGUUAGGGGGGAAGAGAGCGAGGUCGGUUGUGGUCAGAUGCGAGGCGUCCAAUGAUGGAAGGAUUACCCAACAAGAAUUUACUGAGAUGGCUUGGCAAGCAAUUGUUUCGUCACCUGAAGUUGCAAAGGAGAACAAGCAGCAGAUUGUGGAGACAGAACACCUCAUGAAGGCAUUAUUAGAGCAGAAGAAUGGGCUUGCACGUCGUAUCUUUUCCAAGACAGGAAUUGACAACACUAGGCUACUUGAAGCGACAGAGAAGUUCAUCCAGAGGCAGCCUAAGGUCCUUGGUGAGUCAGCUGGUUCCAUAUUAGGACGAGGCUUGGAAGCAGUGUUUCAGAGAGCUAGGAAAUACAAGAAAGAGUAUGGUGACUCCUUUGUGUCAGUGGAACAUCUGGUGCUUGGUUAUGCUGAAGAUAGCCGAUUUGGGAAACAGUUAUUUAAGGACUUCCAAAUUUCUCUUGAUGCUUUGAAAUCUGCUAUACAAGCGAUAAGAGGGAACCAGACCGUCGUUGACCAAGACCCUGAGGGUAAGUAUGAAGCUUUAGAGAAAUAUGGAAAGGAUCUGACAGCUAUGGCACGCGCGGGGAAGCUUGAUCCAGUUAUUGGGAGGGAUGAUGAAAUACGCAGAUGCAUACAAAUCUUGUCAAGGAGAACAAAGAACAAUCCUGUCUUAAUUGGUGAGCCUGGUGUUGGGAAAACUGCUAUAUCUGAGGGGCUUGCCCAAAGAAUAGUGCAAGGGGAUGUACCGGAAGCUUUGAUGAACCGCAGGUUGAUUUCACUUGACAUGGGUGCCCUAAUUGCUGGGGCUAAAUUUCGUGGUGAAUUUGAAGACAGGCUGAAAGCUGUUUUAAAGGAAGUGACUGACUCAGAUGGGCAAAUAAUCCUUUUCAUUGAUGAGAUCCAUACUGUUGUUGGGGCAGGUGCCACAAAUGGUGCGAUGGAUGCAGGCAAUUUACUCAAACCAAUGCUUGGUCGGGGAGAGUUGCGCUGUAUUGGAGCAACAACUCUUGAUGAGUAUCGCAAAUAUAUCGAGAAAGACCCAGCCCUGGAACGCCGUUUCCAGCAAGUUUAUGUUGACCAACCUACAGUUGAAGACACAAUCUCUAUACUUCGUGGAUUGCGUGAGAGAUACGAGCUCCAUCAUGGGGUCCGCAUUUCGGACGGUGCACUUGUGGAGGCUGCAAUUCUUUCAGAUCGUUAUAUCAGUGGGCGGUUUUUGCCCGAUAAAGCUAUUGAUUUAGUUGAUGAAGCAGCUGCCAAAUUAAAAAUGGAGAUCACAUCGAAGCCAACUGCUUUGGAUGAGAUUAAUCGCUCAGUAUUGAAGCUAGAGAUGGAACGUCUAUCUCUAACUAAUGAUACGGACAAAGCUUCAAAGGAUAGAUUGAGUCGUCUUGAGGCAGAGUUGUCGCUUUUGAAGGAGAAACAAGCAGAACUUACUGAGCAGUGGGAACACGAGAAAUCAGUAAUGACACGUAUUCAGUCCAUCAAAGAAGAGAUUGAUAGGGUGAACCUAGAAAUUCAGCAAGCUGAGCGUGAAUAUGAUCUGAAUCGGGCUGCUGAAUUGAAAUAUGGAAGCCUUAAUACGUUGCAUCGUCAACUGAAAGAUGCCGAAAAGGAGUUAAUAGAGUACCAAAGUUCAGGGAAGUCGAUGCUCAGGGAAGAGGUCACUGGGAGUGACAUUGCAGAGAUAGUCAGCAAAUGGACAGGUAUUCCAGUUUCCAAGUUGCAGCAAUCAGAAAGAGAGAAGCUACUACAUUUGGAAGAAGAACUCCACAAGCGUGUUGUAGGCCAAGAUCCAGCUGUGAGGGCAGUGGCAGAGGCCAUUCAGCGGUCACGUGCUGGCCUCUCUGAUCCACACCGUCCGAUUGCAAGUUUCAUGUUCAUGGGUCCCACCGGUGUUGGUAAGACUGAACUGGCCAAAGCCCUUGCUUCUUAUAUGUUCAACACGGAAGAGGCUCUUGUGAGGAUUGACAUGAGUGAGUACAUGGAAAAGCACGCUGUCUCGAGAUUGAUAGGGGCCCCACCAGGUUAUGUUGGAUAUGAAGAAGGUGGACAAUUGACUGAGAUAGUCCGCAGGAGACCUUAUGCUGUCAUAUUGUUCGAUGAGAUUGAGAAAGCUCAUUCCGAUGUGUUCAAUGUUUUCCUCCAGAUACUUGAUGAUGGGAGAGUGACAGAUUCACAAGGCCGCACUGUGAGCUUUACAAAUUCAGUCAUCAUCAUGACUUCUAAUGUGGGAUCUCAGUAUAUAUUAAAUAUGAACGAUGAAUCUGUCUCGAAGGAUUCUGCUUAUGACGCUAUUAGGGACAGGGUGAUGGAAGCUGCAAGAGCCAUUUUCCGCCCAGAGUUUAUGAAUCGAGUUGAUGAAUAUAUUGUUUUCCAGCCUCUUGAUCGUGAGCAAAUAAACAGUAUUGUCAGACUACAGCUGGAGCGUGUU